CAUACCGAUAUCGUAUCAUCAGUGAAUAGAUUGCGUAAUGUGACGAUAGCUUGGAGAUGUCUCUUUUAAUAGACCCGUAAGCGAGAUCAGCUUCAGUUUGUCUUCAUACGAGGAGGAUGAAGCACCACCUCUCUAGUCUAUUGUUCGUUCUGUGCGUCUUGUAUAUCGCGAAACAGUCAGAAUGUUACAAGAUUCUAGCCAUCGUCGCGACACCAUCCUACAGUCAUCAAAUACCGUACCGACGAUUAUGGCUAGAAUUACACAAACGAGGUCACGAAAUUGUGCUAGCCACGUCGGAUCCUAUACCAAAUAUCAAAUCACCGAAUUUUACGCAAAUCGAUAUUAGCGAAUCUUACGGAACCAUAAAGAGUUUAGAUUUUGUUCAAAUGCGGUUUGAGGGAAAACGCUGGCUCUAUUUUAUGGAAAACGAAAUGUUGCCUAUGGGAAAAAUUUUUGCAGAAACAGCGCUCAACUCUACAGAACUGCGAAAGCUGUAUGCUCCAGAUAGCAACGCAACGUUCGACGUCUUCAUGACGGAGCUCCUCUUCUCGCCCGCAAUUUACGCUUUCGCACAUCGAUUCAAUGUUCCUAUGAUAGGGUUAAGUUCAUUAGGAAUAGUUGGCUUUAACGAACACGCUCUUGGUGGAUUGGUUCUCCCUUCUCACGAGUAUACGUGGGAAAUGGAAGACAACACGGGUACGAAUCUACCGUUCUUCAAGAGACUGAGCAAUUUCGUCAACAUGUGGCGUACCGUGUAUUACGUCUAUCAUGAGAUGCUUCCAGAGCAUCAGAAAUUGGCCGAGAAAUAUUUGGGGCCUCUACCACCAAUGCUAGACAUAUUAAAGAACAUUAGCAUGUUUUUCAUCAAUCAGGCCGACGUUAUGACACCGGCUCGACCGAAACUUGCAAACAUGAUCACGUUUACAUGCUCCCACAUACAACAAAAGCCGAAACCUCUGCCUCAGGACUUACAAGCAUUUCUGGAUGGCGCCACAAAUGGGUUCAUCUACUUUAGUCUUGGUAGUAAUGCAAAAAGUGCAAAUUUACCAUUGGAGAUCCGACGCAUGUUCUGCGACGUGUUCGCCAAGUUGCCUUAUAGAGUUGUCUGGAAAUUCGAGGAGGAUUUGCCCGGGAAACCUGAUAAUGUUUACAUCGGAAAAUGGCUACCACAACAAACCAUUCUCGCUCAUCCGAACAUUAAAUUGUUCAUUUAUCAAGGAGGCCUGCAAAGCAGCGAGGAGACCGUCCACUUCGGGGUACCAGUUCUCGGUUUCGCAAUUUUGGCCGAUCAAGAUUAUCAAGUAGCCAGAAUGGAAGCUCUGGGCAUUGGAAAAUAUUUGGAAAUUACAACCCUUAAGAAGGAUGAACUUGAAAAUGCUAUUACAGAGCUUAUAACUAACAAAAAGUACAAAGAAAGGAUACUUUACAUCCGAAAUGUCGUUAAGGAUACACCGCACGAUCAGGUGGAGAAUCUCGCUUGGUGGACGGAGUACGUGAUACGAACGAAAGGCGCCCCUCAUCUUCGCAGUAGUCUAGCUUUUCAACCUUGGUAUCAACGUUGCGAUAUAGACAUUAUAGCGUUCUUAACGAUCGUAAUUUUCUUGGUCGCUUCAAAUACCUUUCAUCUAAUUGCCAAGAUUGUUGUCUACGUUCAUAAGAAGAUCAGAUCAACUGAAAAGCAAAAAAUAAGUUAAGUAUUUAUGACGCAACUAAUUAAAGAGAAGUAUUUAUGGGACUAUUCAGUUCAAGUGAUGCAAGUGUUUAACAUCUCAUUUCAACGACUGAAUUUUAUCUAGUUUCAUUAAGGAAAUGAUCAUCCCGCGUUUUAUAAUUGGCGAGUUACCCUCAUCACAAGACUAACGAUUUUGGCACGAAAAAUCUUUCAAAUAUAAAAAAAUGUUCGAACAAAAUUGAAAUCUCAUUUAUACAUCGUUAAUCUUUUGAUUAAGUGUCCUGUUUAUUCCAAAUUAUUAUCAGUCGAUGAUGUCAUCGCUUUUCGCUCAGUGAAUCAGAUCGGGCAAGGACAAAUUACGUUGAAACCAUAGGCAUGCAAAGUAUGAAGUGUUAAAGUAUUGAUAUAGAUAGAUAAAAAAUAUAUAUAUCUGCCUGUUGCGUUCGUGAAAUUGUUUCAUUUGUUCCCUAAUUUAUUGAUUUUAACUGUAACGCGUCUUCUGUUAUCGGAAACGAAAACGAAAUACUUGAAACCUUCUAUUGCAAGGGAUCUAUCAAUAUUGCUGGCAGUAUGUUAAUCAUCUGGUUAUCAGAUAGUCCCUGUUUUUCGCGAAGAUAUCUCAGAUUAGGCAAUACAAGUCUACACAUACUGUUCCGUUACGUGAAACAAAGCGUCGAUGAUGAUUCACAUUGGAGUUUAAAAAAAUCGAAGGCGUCGCUUUUAAUAUUCGAAAUAAAUUCUCUUUAAUUGAAACAAAAUUAUGUAGAAAAUGUCGUAAAACCAAAGAUAAAUAUAAUAAUAAUUAAAGUGGAGUUAUCGAAGGAAGCAAUAAUCUUUAGUAACGUUCUUACAUUUUUUAUUUUUAUCAUUGUAUUCUAAUAUUUUACGUAUGGAUUACAGACUUUGACGUCUUAUUAUGUACAUAAAAAUAAAGAAGAAAUUUUACAUAAACGUAGAUCGCUUUAGAUUUUGUUAAACAAUUGUAAUAAAAAUACAAAAUGCAGAAUUAAAUUUAUUACUCUACAAA